UUUAUUUCCAAGUCCCGGAAUCCGGAGCUGGACUGAUCGUUAUCACGCAUGGAUUAUGGUUUUAUCGCUGCUUUUGAUUUGUUUUUUACUUUAAAGGAAAGUUUAUCAGCACCUCUUUGCAGGUGAGCUGUGUUUCAGCAUCAGAGCCAUGAAUUGCUACUUGAUGAGAUGGGUUGCUUUCGUUUGGAUUGUGAACUCUGUUCCCUGUGGUUUUGGAAUGGUUGUGAGCGAGCAAACAGGUGGUGUAUGUCCCUCUUUGAGUGUUGAGGAUUACAGAUUUUCUGAUGUUUUGGAUCGUCCUUUACAGAUUACAGGAUUUGAUCUCACAGAAAAAUUUCUUCUCCGAAAGGGAACAGUUACAGAGGACCUGGCAUCAUUUCGACUGGGAAGCAGCCCUCUGAUAAAGCCGACAAAAUCGAUAUUUCCAGAUGGACUUUCAAAUGAGUAUUCCCUGGUCACUAUCUUCCGUGUGAGACGAACUACAAAAAAAGACCGCUGGUACCUUUGGCAAAUAUUUGACCAAUCAGGAAGCAGUCAGGUGUCUGUGGUGGUUGAUGGUGACAAGAAAGCAGUGGAGUUUUCUUCCCGGGGUCUGCUGAAAAACUCUUUCCGCUACACGUUUAAGAGUCGUGACCUGCAUGCCCUCUUUGAUCGCCAAUGGCACAAGCUCGGAAUUUCUGUUCACAGCGACACAGUUUCCAUUUAUGUCGAUUGCACGCUGGCUGAAAAGAAAAUGACUGAUGAGAGGGACAGCAUCGAUCUCAACGGGCGCACACUCAUCAGUACACGAGUGGAAGAUGGAAGGCCUGUGGAUAUUGAGUUGAGGCAAAUUCUGAUCUACUGUGACCCUUACAUGGCUGAAAUGGAAAACUGCUGUGAGCUGCUUGAGCCAAAGUGUGGAGUCAACAAGACAUUUAUUGGAACCCCGCUUCCACUGGUUACAGCUCAGAGUCCCCUGAUGCCGUCUCAGCCAACCUCACAAUCAAUUGACACAUGUCACUGUCCAGGACAGAAGGAAGAUGCUGGCGUUCCAGGGAUGCUUGGGCUGUUUAAACAAAACAGGGAAAUAGGAGACAAGGGGGAACUUGGAUCAGAAGGUCAAAAGGCAAUCGAUGGCGAGAGGGGGGACGAAGGCCUGGCUGAAAACCCAGGGUUGCCUGGCCCUCGGGGAGAAAAAGGAGAAAAGGGAUCAGCUGGAGUGCCGGGUCAGCCAGGCAAAGAGGGCAAGAGGGGACGGAGAGGAAAGCCGGGGGAGCCUGGACCAAGAGGCCCACCUGGUCCUUCAGGAGUCGAGGAGGGAGCAAGUUUCAAGAGGGAGAAGGGGGAGUGUGGCGUCCCUGGGGAAAAGGGAGAGAGAGGAGAUCCCGGUCAGCCAGGUGCUGAGGGGACUGGCGGUGCGAAAGGACAAAAAGGCGAUGUUGGUCCUCCUGGUCCUCCUGGUUCUGUGAUGACAGCUCAUGGGUUAAGACAGCUCUCUGGAACUGAUGAAAGAGCCCAGAAGGGUGAGAAGGGAGAUGAGGGCGAAAAAGGAGCUCAAGGACUGUCGGGCCUAAAGGGAAGCAUGGGACCUCCGGGACUGAAGGGAGAUCAAGGAUUGGAGGGAAAACAAGGUCUACCUGGAUCCAUUGGGCUCCCUGGACUCCCAGGCGAUUCUGGCUUACCAGGGGAGCCUGGGGUGCCUGGGAGAGAUGGCCUGAAAGGAGAAAAGGGAGACUCUGGUGGCGUGAUUGGGCCACAGGGGCCUCCUGGUCCUAAGGGGGAGCCUGGAGAGCCUGGUGGUGGAUAUAUGAGUGAUGGGCUGCCUCUGAGCAGAGGAUCUCGUGGGCCAAAGGGUGAAAGAGGUGUGCCUGGAGUGCCUGGAGACCACGGAGAAAAGGGAGAACCUGGAGAGAGUAUCAUUGGCCCCGCGGGACCCCCAGGGAAGCCAGGAGCUGAGGGUCUCCGUGGACCACCAGGUUUAUCCGGCCCUCCUGGUGCGCCAGGAAGAGAGGGCUCCCCUGGUAGACCGGGUCCACCGGGCCCUGCUGGACCUCCAGGUGAACCAACUGCCCUGCCUAUUGUGGGAGACAUGGGUGCAUUACUGAAGAAUGCCUGCAGUCUUUGCCAGGCAAGAGUUCCUGGGCUGCCUGGGCAGAAGGGAGAGAAGGGUCCCCCUGGAGUGCAAGGAGUGGAAGGCUUGGUGGGAGAAAAGGGGGAUCCAGGUGUAAGAGGUCCGAUGGGUAAUCCAGGAAAAGAAGGCCCAAAGGGUGUAAAGGGAGAGAGAGGCUUCCCAGGCCCCACCGGAGACAAGGGCGAUGAGGGCCCUCCAGGAGCCCCAGGACUUCCAGGUGUAACAGGACGAACAGGAACCCCGGGACUUGUAGGUAGACCUGGUCCUAUGGGUCCACAAGGAACAAAGGGAGAAAAGGGAAAUGACGGAGCUCCAGGCAGACAAGGACUUCCAGGACCUCCAGGUGCGCCAUAUGUGGAGGGAAACGGGAUGAGCAGUCUGUACAAGCUGCAGAGUGGUGGAGCUAUUUUAGGACCUCCUGGAGCGCCCGGUGCUCCGGGCCUAAAAGGAGAUGAAGGACCUGUCGGGGAACCAGGACCCAUGGGCUUACCCGGGCUUGAAGGGCUUCCCGGUGCCAAGGGCGAUAUCGGCCUGCCUGGCCCUCCUGGGACAUCAGGUCCUCCAGGGAAACCCGGAACACGCGGAGAGCCAGGGAUCCCAGGAGAGCCGGGUGAGAGGGGCCCCAUCGGAGAGACCGGAUUCCCUGGACCCGAGGGACCUCAAGGUGUUCCUGGGAGGCCUGGAAAAGAUGGAACUCCUGGAUACAAGGGCUCCACAGGUACUCCAGGUGACAGAGGAUCCAAAGGUGAACGUGGUGAUCCUGGCAUUCCCGGAGAAAGAGGCGUUCAAGGUGAAAGGGGUCGCAUGGGUGACCCUGGCAUGGUUGGACCGAUGGGGCCGCCAGGUGAAAAAGGAGAUCCUGGCCCCCCUGGACAGCUGGGGAGCGUAAAACUCCUGGAUGAUCCCAGCUUUACAGAAGAACUCAAAAUCUUUAUCCAAAGUGAAAUAAUGAGGAUUUUUGAAGAGAAAGUGUCUGGCACCGCCACGCAACAGAAGACGCCUGCCGGCAUCUUAGCUUCACCUUUCCAAGGACCUCCUGGACCCCCGGGCAAGGAUGGAUCCCCAGGGGUCCCAGGAGAGCCUGGGCCACCUGGACCUCAAGGAUACCGGGGUCAGAAAGGAGAACGAGGACAGUUUGGUCUGGGCUUACCAGGAGAUCCAGGACCCACUGGGCCACCAGGGCCACCUGGGAUCCCUUCACAAGGCCCCCCUGGCUCUCCUGGGCCUCGCGGACCUCCAGGGACUUGUGACCCGAAUGACUGCAUUCUUCCUACCUUGUAAGCAGAGAGCAGGAGUGUCAAAUGGUAUGGUGUGCUCCGAGGACGUUUGUCAUCCAUGAUCUCCAAGCUGCAGCCACAGAGCAAAAAAAAAAGAAUGACCUCACUGUGUCUGACAGCUUCUACAGUUCUGCUGUAUCAAAUGGACUCAAAACUGACCUCUUUUGUUCACUUCACAAUAACAUUUGGGUGCUGUGGGUGUUUUUCUUUUUCUAGGUGUGCUGUUGUGUUUUGUUUUGAAUGCAGCUGAAAACCUUUUGCAGUGCUGUACUUUGAAGUACUUUUCUUGUCUUUCCAAUUCUUACUGUGAUGCAAUGCAUUCCUUAUCAAAAGAAGUUGUCUUUCAAGACCUAGAGAUAACUGUUUCAUCAGGUUCAGCCCAGGCUGAAUAACCUUAAUAAUUAUUUGUUUGCCUCUUUAACGGGCUUGUCGAUGCACUCUUCAAUUCUUACUCGGUUAAACUGGCUGUAGGUAAGUCUAAUUUUUAGCUGUUUAUGUGUGAGAGAGAGAGAAAGAUCAACUGAGUGAAUGUACGUAUUUUUCAGCAAAUGUAAGUAAAAUGACUUCCUCUGUAACUAAAGCAGCCAGUUUGUCUGAUAUGGAAAUUAUUUAUUUUAAGUGUGCUCCUUAAGAAUGUAUUUAAAAGAUCAUACUAGUCAGCUAUACAUGUAGCAUGGAAAACAUGUCAUUUUGUUAGUAAUUAAAUUAUAAAGACAUGAGGUAAUACAAGUUUUAGUUGCUGAUAAGUUUCAAUGUUUCUGUUUCUUUGAAUUGAUGAGGUGUUUGUGUUUUUUCUUAAGAAUCUAUGGUUAAACUAUAGCUGAAGACCGCUUCCCAUUUUCUGUAAGUCAUUACUUAGCACUUAUUAAGUUGCCAAAGCAUUUUUUUUAAACGCACAUACACAUUUUGAAUACAAGCAAAGAAUUAAGGACAGAUUUAUGUUAUUACAUUAAACUAUUUUUGGGACUUGUUUUUGAAUUUGGUUUUCUUAGAGAUAUUUCUCAUUACCUGAUGAAGUAAGGUGUAAUAUUUUUAUGAAUAAAUUAUAAAUCCUGAGAGUGGUUGAGGCUAGUAGCAAAAAAUUUUAUUUUUCAAGUGGUUUCCAAAAUGUAAAUGCAAGAUGUGAACUGAAAAUGUUUUGAAUGAAUGAGAGAAAAGGUUUCAAAACACUCAAAUAAAACGUAAGCUGGAACAACUUACGUUUGGACUAAAAAAAGAGUCUUUAGUCAGAAUGUCAACAUUCUUGCCACCUGCUGGCCCAGCAUAAGCAUCACAAUGUUUUUCAUUGGAAUCCAAAAGACAACAGGAAAAACACCAGUUUGAAAAAUAUCCAGAGCAGUUUCCUUGACAACUCGGCUGAAUAUGUUUCCAUUCAUUGCUUUCAAUGCUAGAUUAGCAAAUAAUACAUGUUUCCACUUCCACAAGAAAAAAAUCUGUGGUGAUUUUUAUAGCCAAAACUCCUUCAUGUUUCUACACAAACGUUAAUAAAGUGACAUCAGACUUUCCAGCAUUUUCCAACCCUUUCACAGACAUUUUACAAUGAAAUCAGUCAUUUUCAUUCAUGGCAAGCACAACAGCAGCCCUGGGGCAGUCUGACAGAAAGCAAGGAUGGCAUUUUGUACUAUCAGCCCUUCUGACAAGACAGGUGAAGUGUCUUGCCCAAGGACACAAAGACAGAGGCAGGUGAAGUGGGAAUCAAACCAAUGGCCUACCGACUGCAGAGCAAACUCCCAACACUGUCACCCCAAACAACAUAACAAUGCAAAGGUUGGCCACUGAUUUUGACUCUGCCACUUUGUUUUCCAAAGAACUGAGAGACCUUAAAAGGAACCUAUUCUCACCAAUGCUGUUGCACAAAUCACAGCGCGACACGCUAUCCAAAUCCUCAAUCCGCUCCUGGCAGACUGUUGAGUCACGGCUGAUCAAGUGAAUGAAAGCUUGCAGGUAAUCAUUAUAACUUUGAAAUACGAAAACUGAAUUUGUUGAAAUAAGAGGGCGACAAAUUUAACAUUAGGUUCCCAGAAGUUAUUCAGUUCUGAUUUGCAGAAAUCUCAUCUUAUUAGCAGUUAGCCUUCAACCACUCGAAGGUAUUCCAUUCACUUUUUUAUAAACACUGAGAUGGCCUUUUUCAAAUCAGCCCCUACGAUCCCUUUAAAGGCAGAUUCUUCCGCAAAAAAGAAUGUACUUUGAAAUAAUGUCUGUUUUCAAUUAAUGUAGCUCCUCAUUUACUCUGUACUUUGUUUUCAACUGUAAGUAUCUUUCAUAUGCUUUAUUUUAACUUUUUCUUCUAAGUCUAACUCUUCUAGUCUUGAAAAGGGACCUGACAAUAUAACUUUAAAAGCCGGCUGUCUCUGUAACGACACUUCAAGGUUAUCACUUGUCAAUCAUACAUUGCUGCAACUGCACAAAAAUGUGUUGCAUCUGAGAUUAUUAUUCACAUAUGCCGUUUACACAGUGUCACGAAUGAUGAUUCCUCUGGUUUGAGGGUGAAUAAUUUAACUUUAUGACUACAAAGGAAAUCGGACUACCACACCACAGCUAACGGACGGUUAUUUUCGGUUUGGAGGAGACGUUUUACUCGUGAAUGUACUUGAACUGUCUCAGCUGCUUCUACAUCCAGGUUUUCCAGUUACUAACAAGCACUGUGUGUCACCAUAAAUUGUCUGGCUUUUGAUUGCUUUAAGGCUUUUGUUUUGCUGUAUUUAUUUAUUUUUGUUUUUUUUCUGAAUUAGUUUAAUGCUAAUUUUUUUGUUUGUUUGUUUUGUUUUUUUAUGGUUUGAGAUGAUAGUAUCCAAACAGACCACUCUAAUUUCUAGAAACUCCUUUGAUCAUCUGCAAACACUUUCUUCCUCUCAUCCCUUGAUUUGAAUUUAUAUCCCAUUAGCAAAGAUUGAAGUUGCUAACUUGCUUAUUUUACUUAAAUUCUGUUAGUCAACACAUAUUAAACAGCAAAGUGGUAACGACAUUGUUGAAUGUAUAUGAUUAAUAUUAAGCUGUCAUUUUCAGUUAUUUUUAAUGAGGGGUUUGACUGAAAAGCUUUAUUUUUUUAUUUUUUAUUUUUUAGUUUGGCUUCAAUUAAAUGUUAAAAAGGUUAGUGCUCUUUUGUGUGUUUUUAUUUCAUAUGAGAUCCUUUUAAUUCCUUUUUUCUGUCUUUGCUUUUACUUGUCUCAAGUCAUUGACGUUAUGUUUUUCUCUUCCAGUCACACAUAACUCAAAUGCUGCAGAACAAUUAUUUUUUUAUGAUGUCAGCUUGGUUUUAUCAGUGGAAGGGAGUCUAAUUUUAGAAAUAAAGUGUCAAGCUGAUUUUAUUUGUGAGUAAAAGGAGACCCCUGCUGGACGUGUUUGGAUUUCCAUCCACCUUUUAAUCUACAAGGGAAACCCAUCUUUGGGUUUUGGGGCACUUGAAUUCCCCUUCCUUCUACCUAAUCUUGUCCUUUCAUCUUUGUAAUUUUCAUAUUUAGUUUAUGGGCUCCCACCAGAGACAAUUAUGCUGAUCUUGAUGAGAUUCAAAUGAGACAGCACCAGCAGAUUAAUGUCAUCUAAACUUUUUUCUGCAGUGUACUGCUGAGAGCAACUCCCACUGCCUAUUGAAUUUAGCAUGAAUUGUCAUUAAUAUGCUCCACUUUGCUACUUCCAUUUAUCCAAACAGUGUGAUAAGAAGGGAGGACGUUAAUGUCACAGCUCACUUCGCUACAAAUUCAUGCUAUUAUCCAUCACACCAAGUUAAGCUCAAUUUAUUCUAAGUGGAAAUUGUCUGAUGGAGGCAAAAUCAAAGGAGCAGCUUCCUUUGAGAAUGUAUCUAAACAAAAGCUUGCUAAAUAAUGUAAAAUUUGCUCAAGAUAAUGAACCUCAGAUGUCCACGUAUUUCAUCAUUGCUUGUGUUUAGCUGUAAUGUAAGGUGAUCCUGUUGCCACGUGUAAUCUAAUCUUGUGAGCAAGCUUGUAAUGAGGGAAAAUAUGGAUCAGCCUCGCAGCGAGGACCCUCAAGAUUAAAAGCGCCUACCUGCUGCUCUCGCUGAAACGCCCCUUUCCUCUCGCAUAAGUUUGUGUCAUGCUGUGUGACUUUAACUUUUUUUUUCUUUUUUUUUAAGUUUUUGUUCAGUUAAAUAACUACCUCAUUCUUGGUUUAUCGCAUGUCUAUGUGAUCAGGAAAAAAAAUUAGCUGAAAUAUUCCCUGGGAAAAAUGGGAAAACUCUCAUGUGUUUAUGCAAGAAAAAACUGUUGGAUUUAUGUCAAUGUCAGUGUGAGUUCACUGAUUAACAAAAGAAAGUAACUGUGGUUACCAGGUAUCAGAGGUUGUAUUUUACUCUUUGCAGAAUCUUUCAUUUACAGUGCAUCUAUUAAUGCCAUCUGCCUUUCUGUGUGCAAUAAAUGUUCUCAAGUGCUUUA